CGAAGCAGUGUGUGUGUGUGUGUGUGUGUGUGUGGUGCACUCUGCACGCAUGCUCUUCGUCCCCGACGUCCCGCCUCCCGCCGACUUGAUUUUCACAAUUUUACCUCGACGCGCUCUUGUAAAUUUCUUGGCAGUGCGUGCGGUUUGGACAACGAUUAUACCGUCUUUCAAUUCUAGUUUUCUAGUCCAGCUACUGCUCAGCAGUAGCAAAGCUGUUCCAAUUUUCCUGUGACAAUGGUACAAAAGAAGAGGUCAGCAGUCACUGCUGAAGAAGAUGGGCCAAAGAAGAGGCGUAAGGACGAUGUAUAUGAAAAGCCUGAAGUAAAAAAGAAGUCAAAAAAGAGCAAAGAGUAUCCUGUAGAAGUCGUUGAGAAAAGAUUGUCUGAUGAUGAUGAUGAUGACGAUUAUGAAGAUGAUGAUCCUGAAGAAAGACAGGAGGACGACAACAAAGCCUCUGUCAAGCCUGAGACUCAUUCUACUCUAUCAAAGGCUGAUAACUAUGGAAUUGGGUGGCCACAAGAAGAUCUGAUAGAGUUGUUCAACAAGAUUGAGGCUAACAUUCCUCCUAAUGAUAAGUCUGUUCAUUCUACUCGGAUUGAAAAUCUGGAUUGGGACGCGGUCGCAUUCAACGAUUAUUCUCCUGCUGAAUGUAAGGCAGUAUGGAUGGAAGUUCAUAAGAGAAUCAGGCAUUUCCGUCUCUUGAGUGAGAUCAUAGCUGACGCUCGCAUAUGGGUUCACAAACCAUGGGUCAGUUUCUACAAAGGAAAGGCUAAACUUCCAAAGCAUCCUGAAUGCCCUCGUCGUCCUCUUGGUACAUUUUUUCUAUAUUGCAAUGCCAAAAAGAGCAAGGUUACAGCCCAAUAUCCUAAUCUUGAUAUGCCUCAAAUUACAUCGAUAUUAGCUCAGAUGUACCACGCUUUACCAAAAAGCAAGAAAGCAAAAUAUGAAAAGAUAGCUGAAGAUCUUAAAAAGGAAUAUGAUGAAAAACUUCGGAUUUUCUAUGAACAGUACCCUGAAGCUGAAAGAGAGGCAAGAGAGGCUAGGAUAGCAGCUAGACAACGAUCUUCUAGUAAUAAAGUGCCCAAACCUCCAAAACACAAUUUGCCUCCAGGGGUGUCAAAGCCAAUUACAGCCAAGAUGAUGUUUAUUAAUGAUUGUUGCGACAAAGUGCGAAACGAGCCCUCCUAUAUUCCCAGUGAAGCAAAGUCUAAAGCAGGUCAAUUGUGGGAAACUCUCUCCGAUAAGAAAAAACUAGUGUGGAUAAAGCGAGCUGUCGAAGAAGAAAAUAAGUUUAUUGAAAAGUUAAAAUUACAUGUGUCUGAGAAUCCUGAGUUUAAGGUGCCGUUAAUAAAAACUGUUUUAAGAAAAGAUGAAUUGGAAUUACUGAGAAGAUCUAAAGGAAUACCACAAAAGCCUGCCAGCUCAGGUUACGUGGUGUACACCCGAGUUAUGCUUCAGCAAUGUCCUGAGCUUAAAGACAAGUUACCAAAAGAACGAAUGAAGGAAAUAUCAUUAAGAUGGAAUGCAUUGCCAGAGGGAGAAAAGGAAGAAUACAAAAAAAUAUACAAACAUGAAAAAGAGCAGUAUGAUAUUGAUAUGGCUGCUUACAUGGAGAGCUUACCUGAAGAUGAACGCAGGGAGUACCUUUUGAAAUCCCAAACCCUGACAGGAGCUCUAAAAUCUAAGAAGAAAGGUGACAGAGCUAAUAAUGGAAAGAUAGCUAAGACCAAAUCCAAGGGAUCUGUGAAGAAAGUGCAAAGACAAUACUUCCCUGGCGAGCCUCAUCAACCACCAUUGAAAGCAUUCGAUUUGUUUGUUGAAUCAUUUGUUUCCGACACAAAACUAUCUGCAACGGAAGCUCCCAGGUUCUGGGAUAUGCUCCCUGCCAAUGACAAGGCCAAAUUUCAAAGGAAACUUUCAGAGCUAAAAGACAAGUACAUUAAAGAAUACAAGAAGUUUUUAAAAUCUUUGAAUGAAGAAGAAGUGGCCAAAUACAAUGAACUGCAGAAACAAAAUAAAAAAAUUGAAGCGUCUGCAAGGGCUAACGAAGCCCAAAGGAGUAGUGCUGAUGAUGAUAGUGAUGAAGGUUCAUCAUCUGAAGAGGAAGACAAUGAUGAGAGCCCAGCGAAUGAUAGUGAUUCAGAUGAGGAUAAUGAAACUGAAAAUAAAAAGUCUGAAUCUUCAAGUGACAGUAGUAGCAGCAGCAGCGAAAGCAGCAGUGACAGUAGCAGUAGUGAUGACUCUGACUCUUCCAGUGACGAUUCUGAUGAUGAAGACAAAAACACACCACAAGCUGUUGUCAAGGAAGAAGAUUCUGACAGUGACAGUAGUGAUGACGACUAAAGUUGCAAAUAUCAUGUCUUCAAAUUUUUUUAACAACUUUUUCAAUUCCCCCUCCCCCCAAAUAAUUUUAGUUUUUCUCUGACUAGGGGUUCUUUAGCUUGUUUAAUUUCUUGAUAGAUGCUGAAUUUAGCAUCUUCUUUGGCCUGACCUGCCACCCAGUUAAAAAGAUGAACUGAUGUAAAAUCCUCCUUGGUACCCUUUUCUCUAUGUGAUUGAUUUAGCAAAGAGAAGCAAAUAUGUCGCAAAAGUAGUAAAGCACUGGUAAUGUACAAAGACAUAGAAUGUGUCAGCAUGCAGAAAUGUGCCAUGGCUUAUGAAAUGAAGUUGCAUUGUUAAAUGUUUUAUGCACAUUCCUGCAGGUAUUGAGAUUGUUCAAUGUAUAAGCUUUAUUCUUAUGUUGUAGUUUUUGUUCUUACGCUCAUUAUUUUUAAAAGAAUCGUACUUGAUGCGAUUUCAUUGAUUUGUUUACAUCAGAAUAUGUUAAGAUAAGCAAAUAAAUUUUUUCGACGUUUUUUCUA